AUGGAUAGCGGUGGAGCAAGUGCCACUGGUGUUGAUAGUAACACGAAUACGAGUGAUAACGUCGAUGGAGGUGACGUUACUGAAUACACUACAAACUCGUCGUCAGCCGGAAUUGCUACUUGGAAUGAAUCUUCUAGUGACAUCGAACAACAAAAAACUACAGUAGAAAGCAGUAUAGAUGGGGGCAAUGCCAACUCUUUAUUGCAGCAGGCAAGUACUGCUGGAUUUCAAUCUAUGGGUCCACCAUAUUCUCAUCCACAAUCGUACGAAUUCGCAAAAGAGGAUGGAUAUGGUAGUACGAUGAAGGGAAACGAUGGAUGGGAUGCAGACGGACAAGGACAACAAGAUGAGGGCGACAGGAAAGAGUCAUGGCGAUCGAGCUCUUAUGGAAAUCGUGAGAACAUAUAUGAAAACAGACAUGAAUCUACAGCAUACGUCGGGAAAAUAGCACCCGAGACGAAUGAAGAGGAUAUAAGAGAGUUCUUUGGUGGUGAUGCAUCGGGGAUCGAAAAGAUCACUAUUCCGAUAGACAAGUAUCAUCAACGAAGAAAAGACUUCGCAUACGUUGAUUUUGUAGAUAAUGAAUCAUUCAAUCGUGCACUUCAGCUCGAUGGACAGUUGCUAGGAGGCAACAAGCUAACCGUAAACCCAAAGAAAAGAUAUAGCGGUCGUCGGCGUGGGUUCGGCAGAAGUCGUGGAUGGCGUG